AUGAACAUUUGUGGAUCCAAGACAUGCAUUCCAGUCCGCGUGUGCGCCAUGUCAGCAGCCAACCCGUUCCAGGUUGGCACAUGUCUGGAUGACGGAGCGGGCGGCUACAACUGCCUGUGUCCUGCGGGGUUCGUGGCGGAUGAACGACCCGAUGAAACCCCCGUCUGCGUGCCAGGUAGAAUUGAACCGGCUCAAGGCAUGCGUGAGAGCAUGGGUGCUCAAGGCAUGUGUGAUAGCAUGGGUGCUCAAGGCAUGUGUGAGAGCAUGGGUGCUCAAGGCAUGUGUGAGAGCAUGGGUGCUCAUGGCAUGUGA